UCUCCUCCAGCUGCUACAUGAACAAGGACUCUGAUCCGUCUCCGGUAGUCCAAAGCAUCCCUGAUCUGAAGGAAUCUGAUGGAGGACAAGUCAAUGAGCUAAAGAGGAUUCAAGCAGGAGAGCCAGAACAACUUACUGAAUAUUUAAUCAAGCACACGAGGAGGUAAAGUGGAGAAAGACUUGAAGGUAGAGAUUCACAGAGUUUGGAAGAAAAGCGCAGAAAGCAUGAGUACCUCAGGGUACCGCAGGGACACAAAGAACAACGAGGAGGUGGAUGAAGAUGAACUUUUGGCCUCUCUCUCCUUUGACGAGCUCCAGGAGCUGGAGAGGGAGCUGGCUGUGCUCGAUGACAACAUCCCGAUCGGCCUGAGGCAGAAAGACCAGACGGCCAAAACACCGACAGGGACCUUUGACCGGAACUCUCUGCUGACAUACUGGGAGGAGGAGAACAAGGCGCUGCUUAAAGACAACAUACUGGAGCGUGUAGGGCAGGAGGGACGCCCGGAUAAGAUCAUCGCGGAGCAAGUGACAGUCUCCACUAGCAUCAAGAGUAAGACUAUGGACGGGGACAGAAAGAAGAUGUUGCAAAAGGGGAAGAAGGCGCAGAGUGCCGUGAGCAAAGCUGAUGCAAAGCAAGAUGAAAAGAAAGACGAGUGUAAAAAAGAGGCUCUGAUCAGGAGUAGAUGUCCCUCAAAGAACGGUGUGUCGGAAGGCACUCGGAGUGAGUCUAGGAGGACUGAAACUGCAAACCCAAACCUGAACACAGACUCUGACAGACCAAGCGGGAACCCGACAAUCAUUGACAAAACUCUGGAGCAGAUCCUGUGUGAUGAUCCCACCAUGAGGGAGGUCAAUCUCAACAACAUCGAAGACAUUUCCCAGGAAACCUUGCUUCGUUUCGCAGAAGCCCUGUGCUCAAACACUAAUGUCCACGUUUUCAGUCUGGCCAACACCCAUGCGGAUGACCGGGUCGCCUUUGCUAUCUCCAAGAUGCUCAGAGAGAACGGCUGCAUCCAAAACCUGAACAUCGAGUCAAACUUUGUGUCUGGUCAGGGCAUAUUGGCUGUGCUGGCGGCACUUCAGCACAACAGGACACUGGUAGAGCUUCGCUUCCACAACCAGAGGCACAUCUGUGGGGGGAAGGUGGAGAUGGAGAUGGUCCAGCUGCUGAGGGAAAACACCACUUUGCUCAAGCUUGGGUACCAGUUUGAUCUCCCAGGCCCGAGGAUGACGGCAACCAGUAUCCUGACACGCAACCAGGACCAACAGCGACAGAGGAGGCUGCAACAGAAGAAGGACCAGAGUCCUCCAGAGGUGUUCGGACAAAGCCCUGGAUCGUCUGCAGAAAACAAAACACCAAAGAAGCCUUUACAACCGUCCAAGAAGGUUGAGAAUCAGAACAGAAAUCCUCCAUCUUUAGACCAACCGACGAGAAAGAUCGCCGAAAUGGUCAAACAGCACGAGGGCUCAAACAUCACAAAGAAUCAGUCGAACCUGAAGAAGACAAAGUCAAAGAAGCUGAAGAAUGGCGCCAAUGAAAAGGAGAGUGCAGAUAUUGUCAAAGACCUGAAGAACUCGUUGAAGCCGUCAGUCCAGAAGAGACGAGACGAGCCGCCACGCCUGCCGCCACCACAGAGGUCAAGUCGUGACGACCUGAUGGCGGCAAUUCGAGGGAGCAGCAUCAUGUCCUUAAAACGGGUGGAACCGACAUUGGCCUGAACUCACCUGCUGAUCCCACCUAAACUUUUCUCACUUUGUAUUGAAAUAUUAAAUUUUUAAUUCACACUGAAUGUCACUCUUAAAUAUUAUCAUAUUGAACAACAGAUUGCAUCUUUUGUGUGUUCCAGAUUUCACUGUUGCAUUUUUUUAAUGGUGAAACAUAUUGGGAAUAUUCUCAUUUGCAGAUCAAUAUAAUUUAUGUUCUGACCUAGUUUUUCAAAAUAAAACACAAAAGGUUUUCUUACAACACUUACUUCUUACAGCCAUUAAUAUUCUCAGCUUUACUGUUGUUUUUUUCUUUUUCUUUUGUCUCAGGAUCAGAACAAUACUUAAUGGUUGGAAACACUUCAAUUUAAACAAGUUAAAGGAGCAGUAUAUAACUCUGACCCCUAUUGUUUAAAAUGGGUACUGCAGUCUAAAUUCUAAACA